CAUGCGCCAAGAAUCCACUCAGUCCAUUAAUGACUUCCUUUCUCAAAUGUACUCUGUUUGGGAUCAGCUUGCUCUUUCAGAACCAACUUGGCAUACCCCCGAAGAUGCUGUUUUAUUUACUAUCUAUCGCAACCAGCAAAGGUUGGUGCAUUUUCUUAUGGCUCUUACUUCCUCCUUUGAGCCCGUACGUGCCUCUCUGCUUCAUCGCCAUCCAUUGCCCACUCUUGAACAAGCAAUUUCUGAGUUGCUAUCAGAGGAGACGCGUCUCGGUACUCUUCAAACUCAUCAUGUGGACUCUGUUCUGGCCACUCCUCCGUACCGGCCAUCAUUUACCCAACGGACCACUGCUUGCCUCUAUUGUCAGAAUCGGGGUCUUCCUUCAACCCAUCUCCUGGUCAAUUGCCCCGUCAGAUCCUGCCGCUACUGCAACAAACUUGGUCCUGGUCAUCUGCAACAGGAUUGUUUUCGCAAUCCAUCCCGAUCAUCCUCCAAUAGCCACUCCUCUCGCGGUGGCUCUUCCCGGGGAAGUUUUCAUCGUUCCAGCAACCAGUCUCAUCACACUGCUACUUCUGCUUCCGGGAAUCAGUCUUAUCACACUGCUGCUGCUGCUUCCGGGAAUCAGUCUCAUCACACUGAUGCUGUCACCUCUGCGGGGUUCUCUGAGUCACCUGCUCCAUCUACCCCUCGCUUUUCUCCAACGGAUGUAGAGGCCAUGCUCAAACAACUUCUCUCCCCAUCUGGUACACCUCCUCCUACUGCUUUGUCUGUAAUCCCAGGACCCUCAGACGGGGCAGACUAUUGGGAUCGGCCGUAAGCGUGGACGUCGCUAUGAACUCAUUCACCUUCAUGUUCCUGCCUCUCCUCAGAUUGCUGCUCCUACAUCUACUUCCUUAUUAUCUCCCUUUCAUCUUUGGCAUUGUCGCUUAGGGCAUAUUUCUGUUAAUCGCUUAAGGUCUUUGGUUUCUAGUGGACAGUUGGGUCAUGUAAUUCCCGAUAAUUUCGAUUGUAUACCCUGUCAA